UAGGUAUAUGUGUAUGACUAUUUAAAAGUGUACUUUGAAAUCACUCUUGGAAAAAUGACCGAAUUCCCACCUGGCGAAGCAAGCCGACUUUGCCUUACCAAUGAGUUGGACCUCUCCCAGCUCACAAUUUACCAACAGGGCGCGCACAUCACGAGUUGGCGCACCCAAGACGGCGAAGAGCACCUGUACACGAGCCCUAAGGCGUUAUAUCAGCCGGGUAAGGCCAUCCGUGGUGGCGUCCCGUUGAUUUUUCCCCAAUUCUCCGACCUCGGCCCGCUUCCGGUCUCUCACGGCUUUCUUCGCGUGAGCCCGCAGUGGAGUGUGCGGGGGAGCGCGCAGAAAGGCUCCGUGUAUGAGCUGGUCCUUGAGUACCUCUUGAAGCCCCAGCAAGAGCGCUAUUUCGCGGAGGCCCACUGCAAGUUGGUGUACACCAUUACCUUCACCGCCGCCACACUCCGGCUGCAUAUCCGCCUGGCAAACCUGUCGACGGAUCGUCCCUUGACCUUUGCCUUUGCUUUUCACAGCUAUUUUGCAGUGGCGGAUGCGCACAAGGUGAGGAUCCACGGCCUGGAUGAGACGGCGUACCUCGACGAUCUGCAGAAUCGCAAGCCCUGCGCACCCGAGGCGGUUCAUUUCAUCAACGGCGAAAUCGAUCGCAUCUAUCUCAAUCAAGAUGACAGACCCGUCACGCUGCAGACGACAUCGGCCAAGCAUCAAACCUCCAAGCAGCUCACCAUCACCGGGGACGGGUUCAAGGACGUCGUGUUAUGGAACCCCUGGGUUGAGAAAACGAAGGGGAUGGCCGAUAUGCCCGAAGAUGGCUUCAAGAAGUUUGUGUGCGUAGAGCACGGUACCAUCAUCGAUAAACCCCAGCUUUCUCCACAUGAAACUUGGGAAGCAUCCCAGAUGAUUGUAAUUUCGCAGCCCGUUGGUCAAAAUCUCCCUUUUCUUUCCUGUAAAGUUUAAUUACAAGGCAUCAUGUCAACUUUAUAUAAAGCACAUUGAUUGCCACAAAAGUAUUUCCCCAUUAGUUUAGCAAUUUUUUUUCAUGCAUUUUAGGAAAAAGUAUUUAAAAAA